AUGACGCAGCUGUCGCAAACCGACGGCACGGCGCCGUCGACAAAUUCGAUACCUUCGGUAAUCAAGAAACAUGACAACAAUGCUCUGUAUUCGCAUGGGGCCCCCGAGUCGGCGAAAGAAAGCAACGGCAGGGGCCCUAAACUUUGUGGUGGUGAACCUUGUGGUGGUGAUGCACCAUUCGACGAUACUGGCGCCAGCGGCUUCACUUUGCUGAUGACCGUCGUGGCGCUGGCCAUGAGCAUGUUCUUAGUUUCGUUGGAUAUGACAAUUGUCGCAACAGCGAUUCCAAAGAUCACAGAUGACUUCGGCGGUAUUGAGGAAGAGGGCUGGUAUGGAUCGGCUUUUUUUAUCACACUGGGGAGCUUCCAAGCUGCAUGGGGAAAGGCAUACAAAUACUUUCCACUGAAGAUAUCGUUCAUGAUAUCUAUUUUCAUUUUUGAAAUUGGAAGCUUGGUUUCCGGUGUCGCGCCUAAUAGCAUUACGCUGAUCGUUGGGCGGGCUAUCACAGGCGUCGGUGGCGCUGGUAUCUCCUCGGGCGCGUUUACUAUUAUCGCUUUAUCUGCGCCACCCAAGCAGCGCCCUGCAUAUAUCGGAAUUCUUGGUGCCGCUUACGGAGUCGCUGCUGCUAUCGGGCCUCUUGUUGGCGGUGCAUUUACAAGCAACGUUACCUGGCGAUGGUGUUUUUACAUCAAUCUCCCAAUCGGCGGACUAUCAGCAGGGAUUAUCUUACUAUUCUACCGCGCUCCUCCUUCACUGCCAUUUCUUACUUCAGCUUCCUUGAAGGAGAAGAUUCUUCAGAUGGACUUGCCGGGUAGCUUUCUGCUUGUUGCGGCUUUGGUCUGCUACGUCCUCGCUCUGCAGUGGGGUGGAAUAUCGUUACCAUGGAGUGAUUCCAAGGUCAUUGGUCUUUUAAUCGGAUUCGGGUUAUUACUAACUAUCUAUGGCUUCGUGGAAUGGGUACAGAAGGAGCGUGCAGCAAUGAUCGGACGUCUCUUCCGGCGGAACGUGAUUAUCACAAUGAUCUACAUUGAUUUACUGGCGGGAACGUUUUUCCUAUUGGUAUACUAUUUGCCUAUUUAUUUCCAGGUCGUAUCUGGCGUCUCUGCUGCCGAGAGUGGAAUCAGAAACUUGCCUUUGAUUCUUGCUCAGAGUGUUGCCACUGUCCUAUCGGGUGUUACCCUUAGCAGAUUAGGAUACCCUCAACAUUUCCUACUAUUUGGGGCUACACUUACAGCAAUUGGCUCUGGCUUAUUGUACACGCUCGAGAUCAAUACUGGAUCUGGUAAGUGGAUUGGGUACCAGUUACUGGCUGGUAUCGGGAUUGGGUGGUGCUUCCAGGUUCCUGUUGUGACUGCACAGGCUUCCGUUAAGCCAGAGGACUUAUCGUCCGUGACGGCUAUGGUGCUAACUGUGCAAACAAUCGGAGGAUCGGUCUUUGUCUCCGCCGGCCAAUCGGCUAUGGUUAAUGUUCUUCUCAAGGUUCUACGUGGCGAGACAUCAAUUAUUGAUGCCACCAAGGUCGCUAUGACAGGUGCAACUGAACUACGUCAAGUGUUCUCUUCUGAUCAAAUGGAGUUCAUUCUGACCGCAUAUAUGCAAGGUCUCCAGGCAGCGUUCCUCGUGGCCGUUGUCGCAUCUAGCUUGGCUACUGUGGUCUGCUUGGGAUCUCGAUGGAUUAAGCUUUCUGGGGUAGCUCCUGUAGCAGUGGCUGUUUAA